GAAAAGAAAAGAAAGAAGAAGAGAAUGCCCUCCGUCCCACUUCUAAGCAUUUGAAGGGAAAUGAGCAAUGCAAGUUGUUUUUACCGCGCAUCUUCCCCUUGCGAUCUCACAAUUCUCUCUCAAAAAUGGCCAGAGAUCUAGGGCUUCUUUGAGAGAGUAACUGCUAGAAAAAUGGCGGUGAUCAUCGAAAACUCAAUUUGGGAGCCAAAUCCAUAUUUGUUCAUCUUCAUCUUCCUCUCUUGUUUUCUUUCGAUCCUUCUUCUACCUUAUGCUUCCAAGAAUAGCUCCACCAGAACUCCUUCUCCGUUCGAUCAUGGAUUUUCAUCCUCAUUUUCUAGUUUCCAGCGGAAAUUCCUGCUACUCUAUUCUCUUGCGUCAGUAAUGGAAGGCUUAUGGUCAGUAUAUGGUGAGUUUGAGUAUACGUAUCGCGGAGUUAGCAGAGAACAGAUAGUGUUGUCUCUAUGUGUUGGAUAUGCGGCUUCUCUCUUCGUCGGUUCCUUUUUGGGCGUUCUAUCCGAUUUGAUAGGUCAAAAGAAAGUAUGUAUGACGUUUUGCAUAAUACACCUUGUCACUGCCGUAUGGAAGAGGAUUUCUGUGCAUCCAAGUCUCUUUAUCACCAGUAUUGGUUUAUCUCUUGCUACUUCAAUAUUUUCAUUCAGCUUCGAAGCAUGGAUGGUACAUCAUCAUGAGAAGCAAGGUCAAAGGCAAGAUAUGUUAAGUGACACAUUCUGGCUAAUGACCGUAUUUGAGUCUGUCUCUUUGAUUGGAAACCAGAUGCUUGUGAAUAGUCUGGUUGGUGAUAAUGUUAAGAUAAAUAUGUUUUCUCCUUCCACCGUUGCUGUGUUCUUGGCAUUGAUAUGUUUAACUUUUGUCACCAAAGGGUGGACAGAAGCAUCACAAAGAAUAGAACUGGAGGACUAUAGAACUUCUUUCAGUGCAUAUAUUUUUAGUGAUAAAAGGAUAUGGUUAUUGGCAUGGGCCCAAGCUUCUAUUCACUUCUCUGUUGCAUUCUUUUGGAUUCUUUGGGCUCCAACAUUAGUGGUUCUUCGCUUAAAGUACAAAUUAAACCGCUGUACUAGUAAUCUUGCUGAUGGGCGGGAAGUGCAUCUUGGGUUGAUAUACCCAUGUUUGCUGGGGUCAAGAAUCCUUGGAAGCUCAUUGUUUCCAUGGCUCAUGGGAGGAACAUCAUCCAUUCGGACUGAAGAUUGUUUACUAUAUUGCUUUGUAAUAUCAGGGCUCGUGAUAUCAAUUGUUGCUUUUGAUUAUCAGGAUCUUGGAGUUCUAGUGAUGCUAUUUUCCAUAUUUCAUGCCUGUGUUGGUUUAAUUGUACCUUUACUUGCAAGAUUAAGGACCAUGUAUGUGCCAAAUAAGUUGCGUGGAGGGAUGAUUAGCUUAUCUCUGGCCCCUGCAAAUGCGGCAAUUUUGUUUUUUCUGUUGCAGGGUGGCUAUUACCGGCGUAUCGAAAAUUCAGUGAUUCUAGCAUUUGCUGCCCUUGGUCUGUUCACUUCGGCUGGCAGCAUGUAUGCAUUGAAGCGUUGGGGAAAGCAUCCUUAUCAGGCAUGGCAAAAGCAGUAAAAUUGUUUUCAACAUUUCAUGAUUUGGUACGAAAUUGGUAAGCAUUCUUUCAGAACUGCAACUGCUAAUCUUCUGCUCGAGAUUGCAAGAUCAAGUUAUGGGAUCAGUUUUUGUUGAUUAAGAUUCAAAUUCAACAAUUCCAGUCAAUCCUAUUUCCCUGUUUGUGUAAUGCUAAUUCCUGUUGAUGAGACGUUAGAUCAUCAUGAAGAGAAGGACUAGAGGACUCCACUCAGAUUCUAAUGGUGUAGGUGGAGACAAGUUGCUGCCAAAUGGGUGAACCUUUUAACCUCCUAGUCAAUAUAGGAUUCAUUUUCUUUGAAUGAUAGAAUAUUAUAUUUUCUUCUUUUAUGUAACUUUGCUUAGCUCGUGAAUAACAAAGUUUUAUAUUAAUCAAUAGUUCGAC